AUGACCCGCUGGAGUCAGCAGGACAAUGGCGGCGGUAACGAGACAGUGCUUGUGCUGCAGGCUUCGGGGACUCCCUCGGAGGAAAGUUACGCUCGCCUCAACAUGUCCUUCCCACGCCUCGAGUCCUUCACCUUCUGCUACAGGAUCAAACUAAAGCGGUUCCGUGAAGAGUCGACACUGUUCUCUUACGCCAUCUCCAGCGAACGCGACAACGAGAUAAGAAUAGACCACCGUGAGAGCGGCUACAGGGUCACACUGCAAGGGCACUGGGCCACCUCCGAGCUGAUCACGCCGCUUCACUUGUGGUCACACUUCUGCUUCUCCUACAACAUGGCCUCAGAAACCUGGACCAUUUAUAUGGACGGGGAGCAGCGAGCUCAAGGAACUUUUACUUCGCCCACCGAACCUCUUCUCGGGAAUGGAGUGUUUAUAAUUGGCCAGGAGCAAGACUCUCUGGGCGGAGGCUUCCAAAGGGACCAGAGCUUCUCGGGUGAGCUGACGCACCUCAACGUGUGGCACACCACCCUGGAAGACUCCACCGUGAAGCAGAUUUGGUUGUGCCAAACAGGGCAGCAAGGAGACGCGCUAGCAUGGUCGUCUGUGCAGGAGUCAUGGCUGCUGGAAGGCGAGACUUCCUGGAGUCAGCAGCCACGACAAGAAGUAUGCAAAAGGUCAACUCGGGAUAUCACUGUCUUUCCCGAUCGCUUCUCUCUGGAUCAGGCUCAGCAUCUCUGCCACGUGGUCGAUGGAGAAAUAUUGGUUCCCCUUGAUGAGGAAGAAAACUCACAACUCUUUGAAACGACUAAAAAUAAUGCCAUCAGGUGUUCAGGGGGUCUCGGAGCAUCAUACCUCUGGCUCGGUGCCACCGACGAAGGCCACGAUGGAGAGUGGCACUACCUGAACACUGAACAACCCUUGACUUGGCAGGGCCUUUGGAGAGGUGGCGGUCCUAAUGGCGGCAAUCAGGAGAACUGUAUGGUUAUGUUGUACGGCGAGUUUCCAGGUCGCUGGUCCGACAUUGCUUGUUUAGAGUCCUACUCUUUCUGCGUGCCGUGCGUGUCACUGAAGAAAGCCACCAUAUACCUCAAGGGUCCCGUCGUGUGUCCUUACUCCCCGUUCAAUCGUCGCUACACCCUGGCGCCUUACAGAGGGGGUAAACCCUCUCUCCUGGGGUUCUACCACUCUGACAUCUAUUUCCAAAAUGGCACGUGGAUCUUACAGUCGUUAAAGGAGGAGGCCGUGGCGUGGUGGAGGCCAGCAAGGGAUGGACAGUAUCCUUUCGGCACCCAGACGUGGACCCUUGGCUCGGAGGUGUGUGGAAUGUCCCCGGGGCAGACGACAAACCUCACCCUCUCCGUAUGCGGCCAUGGUCAAUUCACUUGCACUGACGGGUCCUGUAUUGACCUCGUAAAACGCUGUGACCUGCGCAUCGACUGCAGAGACCUAAGUGACGAGGCAACGUGCUCCUUGGUGGCCAUCCCUCCAGGGUACAGUUCGAUCAUUCCGCCGCCACACAUCACACAGACUCAGGCCCUGCCCAUCGAGUUCCUGCUCAAGAUCAUCUCCUUCCCCAACAUCGCUACACAAGACCAGACCUUCACUGUGAACCUCGAACUCACUCUUCGGUGGCGGGACAAACGCCUCGACUAUCAUAACCUCAAGGAAGAUCGCACGCUGAACUUGCUCUCCAGUGAAGCCGUCGCGAACAUCUGGACGCCCCAGGUUUUCUUUAGCAACGCCCAAGGGAACAAGUUCACUAACCUGGAUCAGGGGUCGCGUGUGGAGUGUGUGCGGGGCGGUGACUCCUACCCUGGGCCUCCCACCUUACCUGAUGAGGUGAACGUGUUCCGAGGUAACGAGACGAGCCUCGAGAUGAGUCAACUUUACAGCGCCUCCUACAGUUGUGACUUCUAUCUAGCCAUGUUUCCCUUCGACUCACAGGUGUGUUUCCUCAACUUCACGCUGGUGUCGGCCGCUGCCACGUACAUGGUGCUCGUGCCUACUGCGGCGGAUUACGCCGGCCCCAAAUUCCUCAUUGAGUAUGAGAUCGGCAAGGUGACGGUGACGACGAGUGAGGGUUUGGAAUUCUCGAGGCUGGACGUGUCCGUGACGUUCUUUCGUCGCUACACCUUCUACUUGCUGACGCUGUACAUCCCAACGAUUCUGCUCAUUCUCAUCGCUUACGCCACCUUCUACUUCAACCCAGACGACUUUAACUCCAGAGUGGUGGUGGCGGUCACUUCCUUGCUAGUUCUCACUUCUCUACUGACUCAGACCUCGAACGCAUUACCCAAGACAUCUUACUUUAAGCUUAUCGACGUCUGGCUGUUCAUCUCCAUCGUCAUCAUCUUCCUCGUCAUCCUCCUCCAGACGCUUGUUAACUUCACCCGCGAGGAUCCCUCCAGCACGUCCUGGUUCUCUACCUUUCUGAAGAAGAUCGGCUUCGGGAUGGAAAAAAAGGCUCCCUUCUACCACACCCCGGUGCGCCCCUUUGAUGCCGGUCGCGGGGACACGCAGCAGAGGCAUCGCCAUCAGGAUCAUAACAGCACUGGGGCCGCGAAAAGAGUGACAGCUGGCCUGCACCUAGAGUUCACGCCUGACGCCAAAAGAUCCAGGUUGCAAACGUUAAGGGAAGACUGGAAGAAGGACCAGAAAGAGAAGCUGUUCAAUAUAAUGGGGGAAGAAAACAAUGGAGGUCGAGGCUUUGGAAAUGAUAGAACGAAUAAUGAGGUUAAUAUGGCCUUGAUGGUGAAAAGCCGGAUACUGAUUCCCAUCCUAUACCUUAUCUUCAACGCUAUCUACUGGGCCGUCGCUGUGAGGAACACUAUUUAG